AUGGAAAAUGGUGAGUUCGAAAAACUAGUCUCCUCUCUUCUCUCCCAACAAAGCUGCCUUUUUUCAGUUUAUUCUGCACUUUUGGUGUCAGCCGGCAGUUUGGCGCUGACAUUUACUUGUACAAGUGGACAAAGACAAGCAACAAGAGGGGAAAAUAGAAUGGAUAAAAGUACAAAGUCGAAAAAGGGCAAAAAGAUGGAUUCAUCGAAGAAGGGCGGCAAGAAUAAAUCGUUGAAAUCGCAAAGAUCUCAAAAAUCUGGAAAGUCUGGCAAAUCGAAGAAAUCGAAAUCGAGCAAGGAAAAGAGCAAACCGACUGUUCCGUCUUCUAUGUUGAUGGGUGGAAAAGGUACUAAAUAUACUUGGAAAAUAAAAGCAAAAGAGUGGAGAUAAUGGAUAAAAGAACAAAAAUCAAUGAAACUCUCAUGCAAAAAAAACAGUGGAUGUUUAUUUUCCGCCCACUUGACUAGAUAAAUAUUGAGAAAAAAUCGUUUUUUUCAGGUGGAGCCGAAAAAAGCGGGUAAGUAGGAAGACUGGAAUGACACUCGGUGCAACAAAAAACAAAAAAACUGAAAUCCACACACGUAUUUUUUUGGUCCUCGGUUCGCGGUUGGUAUACUGUAUUGACUUGUGCAAACACGGUGACGCACAAAUGCACAAAAAUCUCUCGCGUCUCUCCAUUUUGCGCGCUAUUUUUCGAAAAUGGUCUCGCCACGAACCCCAAAACGCUAAAACGGCACCCGUUCGCUCCACCAAAGCUUAUUUCCAUGCAGUUUUUCACGGCGAUAAAGAUGGUGUACUCAGAUUUUCAUUUGGUGCAGCCGUUCUUGAGAUUUUGGUGGAAAAUUGAAGCAUGUCCCUUUAAACAGCGAGCCGAGAUUUUUUGUUCAGCAACAAACACGUAUUUUUUUGGUCCUCGGUUCGCGGUUGGUAUACUGUAUUGACUUGUGCAAACACGGUGACGCACAAAUGCACAAAAAUCUCUCGCGUCUCUCCAUUUUGCGCGCUAUUUUUCGAAAAUGGUCUCGCCACGAACCCCAAAACGCUAAAACGGCACCCGUUCGCUCCACCAAAGCUUAUUUCCAUGCAGUUUUUCACGGCGAUAAAGAUGGUGUACUCAGAUUUUCAUUUGGUGCAGCCGUUCUUGAGAUUUUGGUGGAAAAUUGAAGCAUGUCCCUUUAAACAGCGAGCCGAGAUUUUUUGUUCAGCAACAAAAUACGUGCAAAAUACGUGCACACGUGGCCGCGGAAGAAACGGAUUUCUCUUCCAUGGAAGAUAAAACCAAACUGUAGUUCUCCCGAAGAAUUUUUCAAAAUUUUCAGAAAAUUUUAGACGGUUUCUGGGUGCAAUACAUCUUUCUAGAAUCUAGAUCAAUCAUACAUUUCAGUGUCCACAAAGACAGAUCUGAUAAGACCCAAAAAUCUGCUUUGAAAUCAAGCAAAUCGAAAAGAAGCAAGUCCAAGAAGUCUCAAAAGUCCAAGAAGUCGCAAAAAUCGAAGAAGUCUCAAAAAUCGAAGAAAUCACAAACAUCCAAGAAGUCGCAAAAAUCAAAGAAGUCGCAAAACUCGAAGAAAUCGGAAAAAUCUAAGAAAUCGCAAAAAUCCAAGAAGUCACAAAAAUCCAAGAAGUCACAAAAAUCCAAGAAGUCACAAAAGUCACAAAAAUCAAAGUAACCCCAAAAGUUGCAAAACUAUCUAGAGAUACGGAUUUCUCUCCCAAGAAAGUCCCAAAUAUCUCUUUAGAAAGCAGAUGUUUUGAUUCUUACUUGUUUUCAUCUAAGCUUACUCAACCUAAACCUUUUCAUCCUCUUUAAUAAUAGAUUCUUUGACCGCAGAAAUUUGAGAUUUCUUCGAUUUUUGCGAUUUGAUGAAGAGUUGGGACUUUUGGGAUUUCUGCUCCUAUUGCGACUUCUUGGACUUUUGAGACUGGUUCUUCUUUGAUUUGCUGGAACCCAAGUUGGUUCUUAUCAGAUUUGUCUUUGUUGGCAAUGGAAUUUAUGAUUUUUCCCAAAUACACACGCAGUUGCGGAUGUAAUCAAACCAGCAGAUUUGAAAUAUCUGUUGGUUGCCGCUUCUGACUGGUUUCCACUCUAUUCACAAAUGUCUGUGUAUUAAAGUUAUCUCCUUUUUGUAGAACAACACAUAUCAUUUAUCUCCUCAAAAAUCAUAAAUUUCAGAGCCAACAAAUCUGAAAAGAACCAAAAAUCUGCUUUGGGUUCCAGCAAAUCGAAGAAGAACCAAUCUCAAAAGUCGUCCAAGAAUACCGAAAAGGAGCAAAAAUCCCAAAAGUCGCAACUCUCCAACAAAUCGCAAAAAUCGAAGAAAUCUCAAAUUUCUGCGGUCAAAGUUCCGGAGAAGUCUGUUAUUAAAGAGGACGAAAAGGUUUUGGUUGAGUAAGUUUGAAUUAGUUAUAAAGCACUGUAUCUGAACUAUAUUUAGAACUCGCAAGGAGGAUCCACCUCCAAGUGUUAAACCAGAACCACCAGUGGAGCAACCUAUUGUUGAGCCACCAAAGCCUGAUGAUCCAACUUUUGAGAAGAGAAGCGUCAACUCGGUUUAUGCGUAAGUUUUUGAAACUUUGAAAGUAACUUCUAAUAUAAUUUUUGCAGUAAUGGAGGCGAGAAUAGAUCGUGCUAUGUCUUCAAUAAGCCACCAGAGACUGGAACACCGAGCAUAACUCAAAAUCCAACUGUUGCCAAUCCAGCUGGAGGAUCGUCGCAAAUGGCGGAUGCACCAAAGGAUCAACCACCAAACUUGUAAAUCAGAUCCUUUCCUCAUACUCGGGAAAAAAAUGAAGUUUUUUAGAAUGUCGAUGAUUUCGAAGCCAACUGAAAAUAAAGAACAAGGGUCAGCUAAAAUUUUGUUUUAGAAAAUGUUGAAAAAUUGUUUUUAGGAAAGCUGAUAGAGAAAUAUCAGGAAAAGCGAUGUGAGUGAAUUUUCUAUGGCCAAAAAUUUAGAGAGAAAAAGGAAACAUUACAGAUCGAAAAUUCGAAGAAGUGUUAGAAGAUUGGAGAACAGAGAACAGGAAAAAUUGAAGGUAAGGGGGUGAAAAUAAUGGGAAAAAAGUAGUUUUUUAAAAUUGAUAAAAAAGUUUUACUGUUUCACCAAUUUUUGGAUAAAUAAAAAUAGUGGAUUUUGAAAAAUGGUAUUAAUUGUUAGCAACCCAUAAUUUUUCAGAAACCGAAAACUGGAAGCAAAGAAAUAGUAUGUGAUUGCGACGGAAGCAAAUGUCGAAAACGAUGCAAAAUGUUGAAGGAGUAG